AUGCCGGGCAAGAGAGGCGCCAGGACCUUGCUCGACCACCUUCCAGAGGACAUCAUCGACAGAAUACUCAUCCGGUUACCGCCCCGGGACGUCGGCCGCUGCCGCGCCGUCUGUGCGCUGUGGCGCAGUGUCACCUCCACGCCUGAAUUUAUGCUCGAACACCACCGCCGCCAGCCAUCGCUCCCCAUCGUCGACGGGGACAGACGAUCUGCCAGUCUCGUUGUCGUCCGUGACGCCGGCGCGAGGACCACCAGUCAACAGCUCUGGCCUUUCCUCCCAGGUUUCGAACACCGUACUGAUGAGGUUUGUCUCCGAUGCACUUGCGAUGGUUUCACCAUCAUCUCCCGUAGAGGUCAAUUCUACAUCUGCAACCCAGUCACCCGCAAGCAAGCUCUCCUACCGCAACCUGGGUCUGGGCUAGGCGUCCGCACCACCGUAAUUGCUCUGUACACGCACCAUCCAACCGGAGAAUACAGGGUGCUUUGGGUCUCCAGAUCACAAGACAUGUCUGAAUUCAGCUUAUACGUCCUUACGGUUGGAUCGGACAAGCCGAGGCACGUCCAAGUCAGAACGCCAACAGUCUUGUCGGUUUCCAUGAAAUGGAUGUUAGUGGGGGCGCUUAUCUGUUAUCCACCAAUCCAACACCGCGGCAGUCUGCAUUGGUGUCCUUCUCUUGCCAAACAGAUUACAGAAGAUGGUGAAGACAUUAUUGUGUUUGACACAGAAACCGAAUCAUUCCGGUGGAUGCGUAGUCCGGAACCUGAUGUGUAUCAUCAUGUGGGCACGUUGGUCAACAUGCAGGAAGCGCUUGCUUUCACGGUCCUCACGUUGAGCAAACACCCCACAUUUGAUGUGUGGGAGAUGCAGGAUUACGAGGCCAAUAUUUGGGCCUUCAAGUACAGGAUUGACCUACCGACAGUGGAGAAAUCACGACAAUUGAAUUUAACCUCUCUGAAACGGAAAAGGAAGACACCACUUGAUACAACAGUGAGUUGGUUCGAUCAAAUUGCUAUGUUCAACGACCGUGAGCUCUUGAUCCAGUUUAAUAGGAACCGUGUGUUACGCUGCGAUAUUGACGGCAACGUCUUAGGAAUGGUGAAGAUUGCAAAGAAACAAUAUUGUAUGGUUCUUACUGGGCAUCGCCUCCAAGAGAGCAUGAUUCCAAUUCCUUGCCAUGAGAUACAACAAGAAGAUGACGAGCCUCCAUUCUCCGCAACCAGGAAUAUCUGA